AUGAUCAAAGAGGGGUCUCGGUCGGCCACCUCGCUGCCACCGGAUGCCAUGGACAUCAUCCGCAGCAAGACCAACACCCGCCGUGUGAGACUCAAUGUCGGGGGCCUUCUCCACGAAGUCCUGUGGAGGACGCUGGACAGGCUGCCCCGCACAAGACUGGGCAAACUGAGAGACUGCAACACCCACGACUCUAUCAUCGAGAUAUGCGACGACUACAGCUUGGACAGCAACGAGUACUUUUUCGACAGACACCCCGGCGCCUUCACCUCCAUUCUGAACUUCUACCGCACCGGAAAGUUGCACAUGAUGGAGGAAAUGUGCGCCCUGUCGUUCAGUCAAGAGCUGGACUUCUGGGGCAUCGACGAGAUCUACCUGGAGUCCUGCUGCCAGGCCAGGUACCACCAGAAAAAGGAACAGAUGAAUGAAGAACUGAAAAGAGAGGCCGAGAACAUGAGGGACAGGGGUGGAGAGGAGUUUACAACCACAUGUUGUUCCGAGAAGAGAAAGAAACUCUGGGACCUCUUGGAGAAGCCAAGCUCAUCAUUUGCUGCUAAGAUCCUGGCAAUUAUCUCCAUCCUCUUCAUUGUGUUGUCUACCAUUGCCUUGUCUCUGAACACCCUUCCAGAGCUGCAGGACACAGAUGAGUUUGGUCAUUCCACAGACAACCCGCAGCUGGCCCAUGUGGAAGCUGUGUGUAUUGCCUGGUUUACCAUGGAGUACCUACUUCGCUUCCUCUCUUCCCCCAACAAGUGGAAGUUCUUUAAGGGUCCUCUGAAUAUCAUCGACCUGCUGGCCAUCCUGCCCUACUACGUCACCAUCUUCCUGACAGAAUCCAACAAGAGUGUGCUGCAAUUUCAAAACGUGCGCCGCGUGGUUCAGAUUUUCCGAAUCAUGCGGAUCUUGCGUAUUUUGAAGCUAGCUCGUCACUCCACAGGUCUUCAGUCUCUGGGUUUCACUCUUAGGAGGAGCUACAAUGAGCUGGGCCUGCUCAUCCUUUUCUUGGCCAUGGGCAUCAUGAUAUUCUCCAGUCUGGUGUUUUUUGCCGAAAAGGAUGAAGAGGACACGAAGUUCAAAAGCAUCCCAGCUUCCUUCUGGUGGGCUACCAUUACUAUGACCACAGUAGGCUAUGGAGAUAUUUACCCAAAAACUCUACUGGGAAAGAUAGUUGGAGGUUUGUGCUGCAUUGCCGGAGUAUUGGUGAUAGCCCUGCCUAUCCCCAUCAUCGUGAAUAACUUCUCUGAGUUCUACAAAGAGCAAAAGAGGCAGGAGAAAGCCAUUAAAAGAAGGGAGGCUCUGGAGAGGGCUAAGAGAAAUGGUAGCAUUGUUUCUAUGAACAUGAAAGAUGCAUUUGGCCGCAGUAUAGAGCUCAUGGAUAUAAUGGUGGAAAAUACUGAGCAAAAGCAGGAGAAGGUGCAUGAUAAUCAUGUGUCUCCUAGUCGGCAAAAAGGGACACUCAAACUCAAGUCACAUAUGGGCCCCAGCAGCCCCACCAAAAACCUUGAAUCCAACAACCAAGAGCAGGCCAAGCCCUCAAGCAGCCCUCAGCAUCUCAGUGCACAGAAACUGGAGGAGAUGUACAACAAGAUGGCCAAGGCCCACUCACAACCCGACAUCAACAGCAAGGAAAAAGGGCCGCCAUCCAAAGCAGUUGGGCAGGGAUCUGAAUUAGAGAUGGGAAGUAUCCCCACUGAAGCCAUCUCAAGUAAAGCAGAGGCAGUUUCAGACAUAAGGAGCAUGUCCAGCAUUGACAGCUUCAUCAGCUGCGCCACUGACUUACCUGAGAGCUCUCGCUUUUCCCACAGCCCCGUCAGCAGCAUGCUAGGGAGAGUCAGUACCAACCCCAGCCUGGAGCCCACCCUGGAGAAUGAGCAUGAAGAAUCCCAGGGCACCACUACACCCCUGAUAGGACAAGGCACAAAGCCUGGCCUGCAUUCUGACAGCCCCAGGAGUCUGCCCUUCAACAAACCGCACAAAAGCCACUCACUAAAGGUCAACUUCAGAGCUGAGGAGGAUUCAGGGACAGGGGCUCUCUCAGACAGCUCAUCAGUCCGGAGCCCCGAGGUGUCCGUCUACACAACUGCCAGCAGCAGGACACCCAGCAAGAGCCCGGAUAAUUUAAUGCCUAGCAGCCUCUUCACAUUCCACGAUGCGUCCAUCAAUACAUUCAUUGAUGCUGACACAGAUGAGGAGGAGCAUCUGUAUGAUGGUUCAGGCACCAAACCAUCCCAAAGACUUCUGGAAAGAACCAGGCCCAAGUUUGCCCAUCACUCCAGCUUCCAGCAAGGGGCCAACCACAUGGAGGGCCUACAGAGGAAGCUGGGAAACAGCACACUGCCGCUAGAAGGGCAAGAGAACCAUGUGGCUCAGGAACUACAGCCAUUUCAGGGAGAGAAGAGUCACUCUAAUGCUUAA